AUGGAUGAGCUUCCUAAAGGGUUGGUGUCGUCAACAGGACAGGUGCCGUCGACUCUGGAGGAUGAGACUGCAGUGGAUGUCGGUGACAUUGUGCAGUUGUGGAAGGCCUAUAGUGCGAAUGCCUCGGUCCACGAGGGUGACAUGGGUCACAGACUGGAGAAUUUCUUCUGGCGAAUCUGGAGCAGCGAGGACCUCUGCAGAUCGAUAGAUGGGUCUAGACUCGCCAAGCUGUUUCUACGCAUAUCAGAGGCUAGUCCAUUAUCUCUCGCCACUCCGCAGCCGACAACCACCAAGGCACCCCAAGCACGAUCUCACACUAACAUAGCCCCUAAUGACGAUAAAUCGCCAUCCAGCAACGGGUCCAGUCGCACGCCUAUGCCCCCACCCAUCUUAAAGAAAUCAAAUACCUCGCACGGCGAAACGCAGAAGACCACGCGACUGCUGCUCACUGGAGUUGGAGGACAGAGUAUCACUCGCAAACCAUCCACCCCUCCCACUCCAGUCCCUCCCCCCAGCCGGAAGGCCUAUUUUGUAGCAGGCAAGGCAAAAAGUAACAAGCGGCGACCCGUGCUCAUGCGACGCAAGUCCUCCCAAACAUCUUCCGGGGCAAGUACCCGUACCCAUAGUCCGCAACGGAUCCCAACUCCGCUGACCUCCACAUCCCCGGUUCAAAUUUCGGAACAGGACAGCGGCAGCACGACGGAGAUGGAGGAGCCAUCAGUGGAGGAACCUCCCGAGCCUGGUAAAGAGGCCAAGGAGACAACGGCCGGCACAAAUGAACUCCCCGCAUCAUUUCUAACCAGUCUUAAAGGCAUUCUGGGCGACAAAUGGGUCCCCUCGCAGGGGACCAAGUCGACACCCCCCAAAUGGGGCUACGUGACCCGCGACGACUUCACCCACUAUGAUGUUAACUUCCUCUCGGCAGAGAACUACGCGCCCCAGCCCUCGUCGUCGUCACUCGUCGACAAGGACUUCCGCACGCGCUUCGCAGAGAGAAAACGGCAGGAAUACGAGGAGCUAGUCCCGUCGCUCGGAGAAGCUGCAGAUGCAGACGCCACCAAUGCCGCACCUCAAGCCACAACUAACUGGGUGUCCCCCACCUCUGCCAGCUCUGGGAUUCCAAUCAUGACGCCGGCCACGGGGUCCAUGUCAAGUGCAGGGCGCAUGACCGGCGACGCGACUCCAUCGCCUCAGACAUCGAUGUCUGCACCGAAAGGACGGAGUCAACUGAGCGUAUUGAUUGAAGAGAGCCGCAAUAAACAAGCUGACACCCAGGUUGUGAGCAUCCCCGAGGACGCGUUGAAUUCGGCAGAAUGA